CCCAGUAGCGCCAUACGUAUCUCUUCUAGCCUUAACCCGGAUGUGUUUAUCCCUAUCCUAACUCUGACAACAAACGGAAAAAGUCUGCCGUUUCUUUUUUAGUAAUCAUCAAUUUUCCACAACACAGAAAAGGCUACGAUUUAUAUGUCCAGUCAGCUCCGCAGCAUGUCCGCGGAUCUGGAUCUUUCUCCUCCGGAGGUUCCUGAACCCACUUUCUUCGAGAGCCUCCUGCGUUAUGGAUUAUUUCUAGGGGCCAUUUUUCAGCUCAUCUGUAUUUUAGCAAUAAUCAUACCUACAUCCAAGAGCCACGAACAGAUGGAGACGCCGGAGCCGGCUGACGCUCGCAGCUCGGAGCAGAACCGAAAGCCAAAGGGACCCGUUCAACAAAUCCGGCAGAAACUGAAAAAGGAGAGCAAGAAGAAGAGAUAGAGAGUGUGUGAGACUGAACAGUGACCGUGUGUGUGUGUGUGACAAACUCACUAAUGAUGGAUUGACUUACAGCAUUAGAGGACGUGGAUUGAACAAGAUCAGCCAUUAGAUCUUCUGGUUUGAGUUUGGGGUUUGCCAUGUCUUUCAAAACUGUGUUUGUAUGUCAUGUAUGUAUCAUUGUUUUUGAGUAGUCUUUGAUUUGAUUUUUUAUGCCAAUUUCAAGUACAUUGAUAUGAAUAAACUGAUGACCAUUUUUCUGCUUGUUUCUUUCUG